CCCUUCGUCUCUCUCACGUCCCCUCCUCGAUUCCUCUGCCUUCCCCCCUUUUCCUCUCGCCUCACCACCUCCCCUCCCCUCCUCCCAUUUCCACUCCAAACUCCCUCCAUGGCCGCCCCCGCCGCACGCUCCCACCAGGCCGCCGCGCCUGGACGCUAGAGGCCGUCGCUGAGCUCGACCGGAUCGGGACGACGCGCUCUCGCCCCUGCGAAGCGGCGGCUACUAUGGUGCUGGAUCUCAAUGCGGAGUCGCCGGGCGGCUCGGGCUCCGCGACCUCGAGCUCAUCGCCGCCCGAUUCCGGCGGGUUCAGGUUUGACCUGCUCGGCGGGAGCGCCGACGACGAGGGGUGCCUGCUGCCUGUCAUGACGCACCAGCUCUUCCCGUCGCCGGAUGCGGGGUUUCAUGCUGCUGCGGCGGCGGUUGCCGCGUCAGAUGAUUCUCCACCGCUGCCGCCCGAUUCCUUGCCCCGUCUCCCGGCGGAUCUCGGGGUGGCGCCAGGCGGCGCGGGUGGGAAGAAGAGCCGGCGGGGCCCGAGGUCAAGGAGCUCGCAGUACAGGGGCGUCACCUUCUACAGGAGGACUGGCCGCUGGGAGUCGCACAUCUGGGAUUGCGGGAAGCAGGUCUACCUGGGUGGUUUCGAUACAGCGCAUGCAGCUGCAAGGGCCUAUGAUCGUGCUGCAAUCAAAUUCAGAGGCCUUGAAGCAGAUAUCAACUUCAGUCUGAAUGACUAUGAGGAGGACUUAAAGCAGAUGAAGAAUUGGACCAAGGAGGAGUUUGUGCACAUACUGCGGCGCCAGAGCACAGGAUUUGCAAGGGGCAACUCAAAGUACCGAGGUGUUACGCUGCACAAGUGUGGCCGGUGGGAAGCUAGGAUGGGGCAGCUGCUCGGCAAGAAGUACAUCUAUCUUGGGUUGUUUGAUAGUGAAAUUGAAGCAGCCAGAGCAUAUGACAGGGCAGCUGUUCGCUUCAAUGGAAGGGAAGCUGUUACUAAUUUUGACUCCACUUCCUAUGAUAGAGAUGUUCUACCUGAGACUGAGAAUGAGGUGGAACAUAUCUCAGCAGUGGUUGAUGAAGACAUCAUUGAUUUAAACUUGAGGAUUUCACAGCCUAAAGUACAUGACUUAAAAGGUGAUGACAUCCUGACUGGCUUUGAGUUGAGUUGUGAUUCUCCUCAAGUUACAAGGCCCUUUGUUUCUCAGCCAGUUAAUCCUCAGUGGCCGAUACACUCCGAAGCAUCAAUUCAACCCCAGAAUCAACAUUUGUAUGCAUCUCCUUGUCUGGGCAUCGUUGUUAAUGUCAAGGAAGUACCUGUGGAGAAAAGAUCUGACUUGGGUACCCAGUCCUUCCCCGCUUGGUCAUGGCAAAUGCAGGGUCCCCGAUCCCCUGUGCCAUUGCUCGCUACUGCAGCAUCAUCAGGAUUCUCUACCGCCACCCAACCCCAUCCAUUCGCCGGCCACCGGCUGUACUUUCCUCCGACGGCCUGACAGACAUCCCUUCAGCUACAGAUGGCGGCUCUACGGCUUGUUAGUAAACCAGCUUAUCAGCGCCAUUUGUUUGUAGAGUGUGCGAGGGAGGCUCCUUAUGACCUCUCUCCCUCUCCGGAAGUCCGGAUUCUACCUGGCUAUGAUCAUAACUUAUCAUGCUUAUGAUUCUUUAUUUUCAUUUUGACGCCGUGAAUCAUGAGCGGAUUACCAGGUAAAAUCCCAUGUAACCCCAACUGAAAUAAAAUCAAUUGAGACUCUUGGCUGGGUGAUUGGCCCUACUA